UGGCUCAUACGUCGUCUAUUUCCGUCACCGAUCGACUAUUUCCGUCUCCCUUCGGCUCUGCCAGCUCCCGUCGCUUCGGCUUGCCUAGGCUCCUCUGCUCCCGGUUGUCUCCAGUCGCCUGCCGCUAGCUGUCUACCGGCUCGUUCUCACCUGUGAAAUGCAGGCCAUAAAAUGCGUGGUAGUGGGUGAUGGAGCUGUCGGAAAAACCUGUCUUCUGAUUAGUUAUACGACCAAUGCAUUCCCUGGUGAAUACAUCCCAACUGUAUUUGAUAACUACUCCGCCAAUGUAAUGGUGGAUGGAAAACCAGUCAAUCUGGGUCUCUGGGAUACUGCAGGUCAAGAAGAUUACGACAGACUAAGACCCCUUUCUUACCCUCAGACGGAUGUUUUCCUGAUUUGCUUCUCUCUUGUCAGCCCAGCUUCAUUUGAGAACGUUAGAGCAAAGUGGUACCCAGAAGUAAGGCAUCACUGUCCCAACACCCCCAUCAUUUUGGUGGGCACCAAGCUGGAUCUGCGAGAUGACAAGGACACCAUUGAACGGCUGAGGGACAAGAGACUAUCACCCAUUACAUAUCCCCAGGGUCUGGCCAUGGCUCGGGAAAUUGGCUCCGUCAAGUACCUAGAGUGUUCGGCUCUCACCCAGCGGGGCCUGAAGACUGUGUUUGAUGAAGCUAUCCGGGCUGUCCUUUGUCCUCCUCCUGUCAAGAGGCCCGGCAAGAAAUGUACAGUUUUCUGAGCACCGAUCAACUGGAAGCUGGACCAAACUCAUACCAUCUCUUUCCAAAGACGUGAAACCCCACCAGAGAGGGGUGUGGGGUGGACGGAGACCCGCAGAUGUUUUCCGUGGUUUAGUGUUUUGUGAAUGUACGGAGCAUGGGGUGGGAGGGGAAUGGGGAACACAGUGAAAUAUGCAGAUAAGAGCAACACUGGCUACACUUCUGAUGUGAAGUGAUGGGUCUAGAGUGACUUACGUGACCCCACAACAUGAGUGUGUGUUAGCUCUACAGGUAUACCUGACACUGUGUGUGGCACAGCAGUAGGAUUCUUAUUGCAGAGAUGUCAUACAGACUUGUUCACCACCUGAUAUUAGCCUUACUGGAAAGGAGGAGGGUGGUCUACUCGUGUCAUGGUGCAUUAAUAAUCACUGGCCAUCUAAUUUUUCUCUUGCAUGGGGAUUAUGUCUGGUUUUCUUGUUCUGUGUCCUGGUUGCAAGAAAUCUGUGAAUUAUGUAGUUAAUGUUUUAAAUUUGCUAUUAACUUGUGAGUAUAUUAACACCUUGUCGAGUUAUGAUGCUUUAAGAACAAGCCUUAGUGAGGUUGUAUGCAGCUGAAAGAUCAAAACCGCAUAGCAAAUGUACAAGCUGUUUCUAUAGAAAAAAAGCACACUUUAAUAACCAGAGGUGUACUUAAAUUAACAUUUUGAUUAAAAAAAAAAAAAGAAUAAAAAAAAGGUUGUCUUGCGACUCUUAUUGUCUGAGACUUGCAGCCUGAUGGAAAUGCUCAGGAAAUGUGCUAUGAAUGUUGCGAAACAGCAAAAUAUAAGGCUGGAUUUAUUUACAAAAGCUUAAAAAAACCUGAUAACUUCAAAGAAAUAUUUAAAUCUUUCAUUCUGCUUUGUUUUUCAAAAGUUAACAUAUCUACAUUUGCAUUUGUAUCAAAUUGUCUUUAAAUACCUAUGAUCUACUCAUGAUUAAGGAACCUGUGGCAUGAAGCACAAAGAAAUGCCACUGAACUGCACCUCACAUCCUCUAUGGCGGUGAUUUUCAACCUUUUUCAAUUCGCGGGACACCAGCCAAGAUUUUAAAAUUGCCAGGGCACACCACCAGUAACCCCACCCCCCAAAAAAAACAACAACAAAAAACACACACACAUUGGCCCCCACGGGGAUAAAACACACACAUUGGCCCCCGCAGUAAUUAAACAAAUGCAUUGGCCCCACAUUAAUUGAACACAUUGGCCCUCACAGUAAUUCCACACAUUGGCCCCCCUACAGUAAUACCACACAUUAGCCCCCACAGUAAUAAAACAGAUUUAGAAUAAUGCCAAACACCUGUCCCCCAUAGUAAUUAUACACACCUGCCCCAUAGUAAUGCCACACACCUCCACCCCAUAGUAAUGCUACACACCUGCUCCCAGCCCAGUAAGUCCACACAUUGCCUGCCUGCCCCCCACCCGCUGUAAUUACACAGAGAUGUAUAUAUCUAUAUAUAUAUCUCUAUAUAUAUCUCUAUAUAUAUAUAUAUAUAUAUAUAUAUAUAUACACAUGUAUAAAGGGAACCUGGAAUAUUUCCCUCUCAGUGAGGAGCUCUGGAAGCAGGCAGCACGGAGCAGUAGUGGGCAGGCAGACAUCAAUCCAACGUGUGGUGCGUGACCAGGCUUGCUCUCACGGAAGUACAGCACUAUGCUACCUGUGCUGGGUACUAAUGGCGGCAGCCGGGCAGGCAUCUCUGGCCAGCGGGAGCGGCGGGUCUCUCUGGUGGGCAGCGGUGAGCAUCACAGGCGGGCGAUGGCGCACACCUGUUGAAAAACGCUGCUCUAUGGUCACAACUGCAAGACUUCUCCUGUGCUACCUCCUGGAAUUCUAUACACCUGACCAGACUCUCCACUAGUGUUCUAAGGAUACCUCUCUUUCUUAAGGCUUUCCCCAACACCCUGUAUUGGUCAUUCUGCUUGUCAAUCUUGAAACUAACCCUCUCCUUUACUAGCACUAGUGUAAUUCAGAGUACAGGAUAAUACAGAAAUCUGACUCUGAACAUACAGAAAUGUGAAUUAUAAGGUCUUGUUUUCAAGAGAAGUCGAAGGUAUGAUGUCAGGUGGAAGAAAGAUGAUGUAAUGGUAUCCAGUAACUUGAUGUCUGUGAUAAAUUCCUGUCCACCAUCAUGGUUGUACAGAAUUAAAUCCCUAAAUUAUA